AAAAACAAGCCUGAGGGGCUGUGAGCCUGGAAAGUUGCCUCUUUCCGCAGAAACAUUUGGAAGGGCAGCCCUUCCUACUUACAGGGUGAGACAGAGGAUACAUGGACCAGUCAGAGAGAUCAGUGGUGGACUGGACUCCUGCCAAUGGAUCAUUGGUGCCUCACAAAGACGCCCCGGGCACCGACAUCUUCUAUAAUCAACGGGGAUUCUUCAUCAUCCGCUCCGACCUGGGCUGCUACCUGUGGACAGAGGAUCUAAAGAGCGGGGCUGGCAUCAAGAUCCAGAGACUGCACCCUGCGUGCCAGGGCGGGGAUCACUACCUGAGCGACAGUGAGAACCCCCCCAACAUCUACAUCAUCAAGGGCGACUCCUACCGGGUGGUGAAGGACUUGAGCACGGAUGCAGAGGCUGAGGUCCGUGAGCUGGCACCCGGCUGCCGAGACGGGGACCACUACACACACUGCGGUUCCUGGUUCUACAUCGUCUUACAAAGGGAGGGAGGCCUGGUCUAUGUCUGUGACCUGAGCACACCUAUUCGUGGGGGCCGCACUCCUCUGCAGCCUGAAUGCUCCAAGGGGCUCUUUUACUUCACCAUGGACAAACUCCCAACCCUGAUCAAGCUGGAUGAGAAAUGGGGGGCUCAGUGCUACCAGUACAAAGAGCUUUUCUCCAACCACCCACACUCUUUCUCCAUCCACCCCGAUGUGCUGGCCUUCUUCCCCGGAGGGCUGGCCCUCACCCAGGGCGCCUCCACCGGCGGCUGGGAGUGCAUCAAGACCCUGCACAAUGACUCCGAUUCCUCCAUCACUUGGUCCGACAAGGUCACCUGCAAGGUGGGCUAUGCCAAGCAGCAGAUGUCCAGCAUUGAGCACAACUGGAGCAUCUCCGCUGAGAUGUCCAUUGGGGCCGGAGAGCUCACCAAGCUCAUCACCCAGUUCCAGUUCUCCUUCAAGACCGAGUACGGUGGGAGAAGCGUACGCACGGAGCAGGAGGACUGGAACGAAGCCCGUGAACAAGAGGAGUCAAUCCAGGUGACCCUGGAGCCCAAAAAGAACCUGUACAUCUGGCAGUACUGCCUUGGCAUAGGCCAGAAGCCCGUCUUGUUCUGUAGGGACGUCCAGUUCACCAAAGAAAACAACCCCCCCGACCGCAUCCCUCUGCCUCCAGUCCCCUAAGCGUCCAUGAGGAUGGAGAAUGCAACACCAUGAAGCUAUUGUUGAUGUGUGUGUGAGCUUUGGCUUCCUGGAAAUCAAUGGGAUCGAAUCAGUCCCUUCAAAUCCAU